AUGGAUUCCCCGGCGCAAUUGAACUAUACUUCGCCUAGCUUUGGUGAACGUUGUGCAGUCCUCAAUUUGGAUUGGAUGUCGGUGCUCAUCAAUGCCGUUCAAAAUACGACCGAGGGCCAGGCGUUGAUUUCUAACUGCUCCGUGUGGAAUGAUGCCGUGCACCGGAAAGACCCUGGGCCUUUGACCAUCUUUUCCACGCAUGCUUUCAAUAGCGGCCAGCCCGAAGUGCAGGCCAACACGCCGUUUGCCAAGCUGAUCGCACCAUUUGGCAAUUUCGAAAUUGGCCCCCCGGAAGUGCAGAUCGACCCUCGUUUUAAGCUGGACGAGAAAGAUAUUGUACUCCACAAAACAAGAUGGUCUGCUACCAUGGGAAAUAGCCUGGAGCAGAUCUUGAAGGCACAGAGUAUUGAUACUUCCGGCUUAACCCUUUCUGGCGUCGUGAUGAGCACCAUCUAUCGGUUGUUUGAUUUGGAUUUCAACAUUUAUGUGAUAACCGACAAUGUGCUCGAGUUACCUGUGGACCAAAAUAAAGCCUUUUCGAAAGUGAUGCUUGAGACUCUUCUACCAAAAUGGGGCCUGAAAACAAUAACUCUUGACGAGGCUCUGCAGGCCCUCGAGAAAUCCUAG